UUGGGAUUAAUGUUAGCACGCAGUCCAUCGCUGAACAUAAAGAAGUUUUGGGUAAAACACAACUAUUCUCGAUGAACGAUGGGAUCGGAGUAGUAUUUUAUUAUAUUGUUAACCUAGCAAUCGCAUAGUAGACAAAAUGCAAAGGCAGAUCUCAGUAGUCUGUAAUAGCAUGCACCAAUAGUUGUAAUACAAUAAGAACGGAAGUCUUUAGGUUAUGGGCCCAGACAAGCAGAAAGAAAUGGCGGUUCACGGAAUCCCGCAGUUUUCCGGAGCACACCUAUAAGUUUAGGGUCGAAGUGUAUUUGAAAGCCUCGUAGCUAUGGGACGCAGUCGUAAAGGAAGUUCCAGCAGAGGCUAGUAAAGUGGCCAUAUUCGAGGAAAUGGACGCCAUCGUUGCUGGCGAGUUUCAUCUCAGAUGUGUACUUUGAAUGUAUACAAGAGUAGACCACGGUGAAAGAAAUGUGGAACGUGCUCGAAAAUACAUUCGCCAAGAAGUCCUCGGGAAGGCAGAUAGUUAUACGAAAUCAAAUCGCGCACCUUCAACAAUUUGAGGAUCUGGUUCGGCAGCUUCGAGUAGCUGGAUUGAAGUUAGAAGAAACCGAUGUUUGCUCUGCAUUUAGCAUAAUCUUUCCGGAGUCCUACGAUCCACUGAUGACUGCAUUGGAAAACCUUCCCGAAUCUCAAUUAACUUAUGAGUUGAUGAAGACCCAGUUGCUAGACCCAGGGCGUGGUAACUUUAAAUCAACCAGUAAAACGUGCCUACUUUUCGAAAAUAAAAACCUGUCCGUGAAGCAGCUAACGCUGGCUGGCGUGAAAGUGCUGUUCAAAUAAAUAAAGGUGAUCCUUAUGAUGAAUGGCGAAACAAUUGCGAUAGUCAUGGAAUCAGAAAUUGAGCGAGCACAUGCUAGUUUAGCGGAAGUGAAGCGUUCUGACUAGCAUUGUUAUCUUGGUCGCAUCAAUGGACGAAGUAAUGUUCACCAAUCAGGUGCGUGAGAACGUUGACAUUGGUGUGCGUUAUCCAUCGUUUUUGGUGAUAAAGAUUAUAAAGAGAAGUGGAUUGGAACCGUUCAUAUAAGAACAAAACUAUAUCGAUGCCGGCAGGAAGGAGAAUACUGUUGAACAACACGUCAGAGAGAACUUCUUGGCGGAAUUGUUCAGCGCUACGUUGUCCAGUCGUGGCUGACCAAGACACAAACAGCAAGAAGCGGAUAAGUUCCUUAAUAAGCAGCACAGCAUCCGAUAGAAGAUCGACAAUUUUACGGAGGACAACAAGAAGACGAUGGACUUCGGCGAGAGUCUGACGUCUAAGAACCCGCAGUACAUGAUCUUAUGCGAACAUCUGAAGUCACUGGUUAUCGCCUGGGAGGAGCUGCACCAGAUUAGAGUUGCGUUUCAUGAAACUAUCGUCAAUCUUGAGUGAUGAAUGAUUCGAAUCUCGAAUCGAAUCUUCAAAGAUUUAUGGAUCUCCAAAGAUUCAUGAAUCUUGAAAGAUACAUGAAUCUUCAAAUAUUUAGGAAUCU